UUGAUGGAGGUAUUUAAUAUCGCAUACUCUUCACAACCCACCGCACCCACCCACGCACAAGGCUGAGAAACCACCACAUUUUCCCACCCACCUACACCUCAGCCUUCUCUCUCCCCUGCAAAAUGCCCCUCCUCCCCUCCUCCAAAAAACCAUGUCCCGGCUCCUCACCUUCCUGAAAACCUCUCCCAUCCCUCUCCCCUCAAUUCUCAACUCCUCAUCCCUCUUCAAAAAUAAAGCCAAAAACUCCCGCAAAUUCUCCACCUCUCCCACAUCCACAACCUCCCGCAUCCCCCCCUUCCUCAAAGAAUUCACCUACUGGUCCCUCAUCAUCGCCUCCUGGAUCCCCGCCUCCAUUUUCUUCCAAGACCACAUCGCUGAGCUGCAUAUCAUCAAUGGCGCAUCCAUGUAUCCCUUUCUGAAUACGGGGUAUAAUGAGAGUUUGACGCGCGAUGUGUGUUUAGUGGAUAAGAGGAGGAAGGGGAGGGAUUUGGAGAGGGGGAUGCUUGUUUCUUUUAGAUCCCCCUAUCACCCCGAAACCCUAGCAAUAAAACGCAUCAUCGCGCUCCCUGGUGACCGCGUCUACACGCACGCUCCCUAUCCCUACCCGUAUGCCGAUAUACCUGCGGGCCACGUCUGGGUCGAGGGCGACAAUGCCGAUGCGAGGAAAACGUUAGAUAGUAAUCACUAUGGACCGAUUGCGAUAAAUUUGAUUACUGGAAAAUUGACGCAUGUGCUUUGGCCUUGGGGGAGUAGGGGGAGAGUUAGGUGGGAGCAGUGGAAGGGGAAGACGAGGGUGGUGAAGGGGUGGAAUGGUGGGGCGUGA